AGCGGCUGUUCUAGUCAUUGCGCAGUCGCCCUCCGAAGGCGCUCGCCUCCCCAGGACUCCAGAGCAAAGGGAGGAGGGAAAAGGGAAACCUCUCGGCCGAGGCGGUCGUGCGCCUGCGCGGGCAGCUCUUCAGCCGGCUCCUGGAACUCAGCGGGUGGCGGCCGCUGAGAAAAGGCCAUGAGGGAGCUUGGUGCGCCCCAAAAGCGUGCUCGUUGCGGGAGUCCCGACCCCCCUCCGGAGCACGCCGCAGCGCUUGCCGAGUCAGCAGGCGCGGAGUUCCAGGACGAUGGCGAUCCCCAGAGCUGGGGUCCCGAGCAACUGUGCGCCUUCCUCAACCAUCAGGGCUUCAGCGACCCGGCGCUGCUCAGCCGCUUCCGAGAAAACAAAAUCAGAGGUUCUCAGCUUCUCCACCUUGAUGAAUCUCUUCUUGAAAACCUUGGAGUAAGGUCUUCAGAAGACAGACAGAAGCUGCUGGAUUGUAUCUAUAAACUGAAUCAAAGCCAUGAAGAUACAAUGAAGGUAUUUAAUGAUCCUAUCCAUGGCCACAUAGAGCUUCACCCACUUCUUAUCAGAAUCAUUGACACACCCCAAUUUCAACGUCUGAGAUAUAUUAAACAGCUGGGAGGAUCUUACUAUGUUUUUCCAGGUGCUUCACAUAAUCGAUUUGAACAUUCUUUGGGUGUCGGAUAUCUAGCAGGAUAUUUGGUCCGCACUCUUCAAGAAAAACAACCUGAGCUACAGAUAACUAAUCGGGAUAUGCUUUGUGUUCAGAUAGCGGGGCUCUGUCAUGAUCUAGGUCAUGGACCAUUUUCACACAUGUUUGAUGGAAGAUUUAUUCCUCUUGCUCGCCCAGAGUUGAACUGGAGGCAUGAAACUGCUUCAGUCAAGAUGUUUGAGCAUCUGGUUAAUGCCAAUGGAAUUGAAGCUGUCAUGAGGAACUAUGGCCUUGUCCCAGAAGAAGAUAUAUGUUUCAUCAAAGAACAAAUUGAAGGAUCUCUUGAUUCAACAGAAGAGCAAUCUGCGUGGCUGAAGAAAGGGCGACCUCAAGAGAAAAACUUUCUUUAUGAGAUAGUGGCUAAUAAACGCAAUGGCAUUGAUGUGGAUAAAUGGGAUUAUUUUGCCAGGGAUUGCCACCAUCUUGGAAUUCAAAAUAAUUUUGACUAUAAGCGCUUUCUUAAGUUUGCUCGUGUAUGUAAAGUAGACGAGAAGACACAUAUUUGCACCAGAGACAAGGAAGUCGGCAAUCUGUAUGACAUGUUCCAUACUCGCAACUGCCUGCACCGAAGAGCUUACCAGCACAAAAUCGGCAACAUCAUUGAAACAAUGAUUACAGAUGCCUUCCUUAAAGCAGAUCCCUACAUACAAAUAGAAGGUACAGGGGGGAAAAAAUACACGCUUUCUACAGCAAUUGAUGAUAUGGAAGCCUACACUAAACUCACAGAUAACAUCUUUCUGGAAAUUUUGCACUCUACUGAUCCCAAACUUGCUGAGGCAAGAGAGAUUUUGCAAAAAGUUGAAUGUCGUAAAUUAUACAAGUUUGUGGGUGAGACUCAGCCAACAGGGAAAGAUAGGAUUGAAACGGACGAAUAUGAUCAACUUCCAGAAAGUGUUGCAGAUUCUAAACCAGAAAGUAUACCCCUGCCAGUGGAAUUAAAGGCUGAAGAUUUUGUAGUUGAUGUUAUCAACAUGGAUUAUGGAAUGAAAGAAAAAAAUCCUAUUGAUAAUGUUCGUUUCUAUUGUAAGAGUGACCGAAAUAAAGCAGUCAUGAUUACAAAAGAUCAGGUUUCUCAGCUUCUGCCUGAACAAUUUGCAGAACAACUUAUCCGAGUAUACUGUAAGAGAACAGAUAAGCAAAGUUUAGAUGCUGCUGGUCAAUAUUUUGUUCAGUGGUGUAUGAACAGAAACUUCACUAAACCACAGGAUGGUGAUGUUGUGGCCCCAAAACUAACACCUAGGAAACCGAGUUGGAAUCCCCAGAAUAGAGGCCAGGAUCCAGAUGGUGCAAGAAAGGGCUACAAACCCAAAAGCAACCUUUUUGGGAAUUGAUUGCUAGAAUGGCAGUGUCUGCUCACUGUGUUUGCAUAUCUGCUUCUUAUAAAGGGAUCUGUCCAAGUUACAGUGCUGCAAGAAAGCUAGAACACACCUAACACCUAUUCCUUGGCUUCUUCAAACACAACUGCUCUACAUAGCUCAAGCAGAAGCUGGUCAGACUAAAUAAAUUACAGGUUUUUCUCUCAUAUUAACUUGGGGGGCUGAGUUAUAGAUAACUCACAUAUAUAUGUGUGUAUAUAUAUAUGAUUCCUAAAAGUCACGUAACUCAUCAGGUCAUCUAACCUGAUAUAAGAGGGCUUUGUCAGAAACAACAUUCAUAACAAAUUCCAGGGAAAUUUUAAGAUUUUAGUUGCAAUAGAGCAGUUUUUAUGUGAGAACAGGAAGGAAGAUCUUCCAUCAGGUAGAUAGAUAAUCUGCAGACUAUGGGAAAAAGCCAUAAACCUUUUUAUUACUUCUUCAAAAUGGGCUUGGUAUCUUCAACUCUUCUUUAUGUGAAAAAAAAAUUUUUUUAAGCACUAUUUUUAUACACUCAAUUCCUGUAGGGGGAAAACUUGUCUUUUCGAAAUAUAUGGGAAAUAGAUGUUAUAGAUUCAAUGUGUUGCCUCUUGGUUAUGGGAUGGGAAACCGAAGCUGUCUUGGCCAUCCCUGGUUACAAAAGCAGAGUCUUUAAGAGGCAGCGAGCCCAGCCUGCCACGGCCCAGACCUCACCUGCCAGCCUCCCGUAGGACUAAGGGACGGCAUAUCUGCAGUUGAAACUUGGGAGAAACUUUGUAAGGAGAAAGCCCAAGGGCUCCAGGCACGUUAUUCCAAAUCCUCCUGAUCUCAGUGGCCAGAAUAGAGGCCUUUCUAGACCCCCGUGUGGGCCGUCCUUGUCCAGACCCCAGUAGGGCCCUCACAGAGGGCAGAGUUGCCCCUCGAUCAGGGCUCCACUCUCAGCUGAAUAAAUUCCUUCUCUCAGCAGGUUUCGUUCCCUCUGUUUCUGAGUAAUCAAGACUGUAAGAAGGCCUUGCUGUAGAAAGCCUCUUUUCCAAGGCUCUGCUCUGACCGGGGAAUAAGUUUCUGCUACCUCCACAAAAUAGACUUCAGCCAGAUAUUCAGGCAAAAGGACGAGACUUUGCUGCUGUCCUUGUGGCUUCUUUGGUGGCUUUCUGCCCCAGGCUGAGGUCAGAUCUCCUUUUUCCCAGGGUGCCCGCCAUAGGAGUGUACGUCCAAAAAGCCCUCCAAGCCCUCCAAGAAGCUUAUCCUUCUUUGUGCAGAGAUGCAUGUCAGCCUAGCCUUCCACCUAGUGAGAGUCAAGGUUUUCUCUUGGAGGGUAGGGGAGAAGAGGAGCACAUCCCCAAAGCGCUUGACCCCAGACAUUUCCAGACUAUUCUCUGGGGUUUAAAAGUUUCCACACAAUCCCAUCUGAAACCAUCUUUGCCUUUUCUUAUUUUGGAGGGUAUCUGUAGCUGUCUCAUGUUGCCUGAUCGUGUUUUAUUUUUUAUUCUCCCUUGCUAGAUUAAAAAGUCUGGGAGAGCAGACACUAUGUCUUACUUCUCCUUCUAGCUCCCCCAGUUCCUCACACAGGGCCUUACACGCAGUAGACACAGAGCGUUUGAGGUCCCAGUGCCAUGUCAUCCCCUGGCCUUGCUCUUCCAGCAGCCUGUCCCCAGAGGCCUGGAUGGGCAGCCUCCUUUCCCCAGGCUAGUGAGCGCUCCAGGAUCCUGAUUCUAGGCAAAAACUGGAAGUGUUUAGAGACAGCCACCAAGCGGGUCCAGGAUUAUAUCUCAAGAGCCAGGGGACAGGACUUGGGGAAUAGAGAAUUGACUUGGCCAAUGAAGGAGAACUUGCAGCCCCGGACCCCCUCUUUCUCCAGGCCUCCUUGAUCUAUUCCACAACACUGAUUUCUUAGGUGACCUUGGACGAAUUGCUUUCUUUGUCCAGUGGCAACAGGAAAUGGGAUGGGGAUGGAGGGAGGUUUGGCAAAAAAUUGCCAGUUCUUGGAAUUACUAUGCUGUAUACGUGCUUUUUAUUAAGAUGAUAUAGCCAAAGUCAGGGGCAGGGAUGUAGUAGCAAAGAUCAUCUUAUUUCUGUAAAACGCUGUUUUUGAAUCUGGAACUCUCUACCACAGCACUACUGUUGUCUCACACACCCUGGGGAGGGAGGGGGAGAAGAUCUAAGGUUUGCAUCUUUGUCCUAUCAAGGUUGCCGCACUUUAUUUUAUGAUGCUUGCUUCCCUUCUUGGGCUAUCAAGUUCAGAUUUUACUUGGGAAACACCUUUGAUGUUUGUAUACAAAUACCUUCAGUGUCUCAGCCACUGGAAUUAGUGGAUAUUCUCAUUGCAUUUUUAAAAAAUCAAUACCUGGGAUGAGUGUGGAAAACACUGCAAUAAAGCUUAUGAAUGUAUCUCCAA